AUGUGCCACGGCAUACUCUGGUACCACGCCCUGUGCCUACAUCAAAACACAUCCAAAUCCUCUCUAGUCUUCUGUCUCGACGCCCUGACAACAGGAGACGAGUGCCUCCCCGCCGUUCAGGAAGUGCUCCACAUCCCUUUGGCGGGAUGGUGCAGCAUGUGCAACCACGAGCGGUGGCGGAGAUAUCGACGACACCGGCGGACAAAGCGGCGGCGGCAGCAAGAACAAGAUGUUGUGGCGGAGGCAGAUACAAAUGGACACGGGGUGUCUCAGAUCGCGAAAAAGAGGAAGCAGUCUCAUGGGAACGACAGCCUGUGCAUGGAUGUCGAUGUUGACCAUGGUAGCCAUAAACAAGGGCGACAUAAUCGCGUUGUGGAUACACAUUGGCCAAAUGAGCACGAUGUAUCUACGGCAGAAUACGUCGAGUCAACUCCCGUGGAAGAAGACCAACUCGAACCAAGCCAUCCCAGAGGUCGGCCCAGACAUCGACAGUCAUGGAUUCCCGUGCCGAGGGUUCGACCCCGGGAAUCAGAGCCAGCAUCAUAUCUGGAGACCAGUGAGGACGAAAGACAAUGCCGUGGUCCUCCGCGGCAGUCGUUGAUCCCUGUUCCGGCAGGAAAGUUCCAAAGAAGACAUCCGUCCGGGCCGUCUCUGCGAUUGAAAGCAGAUGGGAGUGAUGGGGAUACCUUUGUUGAAGAUUUUGAGAUGUUCGAUCGGGAGACUUUCUGA